AUGUGUCAGAAUUACUGCUGUGGUUUACUGUGUGCAGCUGGAGACGGGACGGUCACACUGCAGGAAGUGGAAGGAACCACUAUAACUCUCCAUACUGGGAUAACUGGGAUUCAGAGUGAUGCUCAUAUUCUGUGGUUUUAUGGACCUGAAAAAGCAGAGAAGAAGACAUUAGUUAGUCAGGUGUUUAAAGGAGAAACUGUUACAGAAAUCAGUGAGAGAUUUAAAGAGCGACUGCGGCUGGACAGAAUCAGUGGAGCUUUAACCAUCAGGAACAUCAGCAGGAAUCAUUCUGGAGUUUAUUUACUACACGUCAUUGCAGGACGUCUCUCAUUCAGGACUUUCAGUGUCAGUGUUUAUGCUCCAGUAUCAACUCCAGUAAUAAGAAAUCAGAGAGAAAGACAAAGUGUUUCCCCCACUGAGGUGUGUUUCCCCCUGUGCACUGUGGAGAAUGGAGAAGAUGUGACGUUAUCCUGGUACAGAGGGACUGAGAGACUCGAUAUCACCAAUAACACAGAUCUCAGUGUUAACCUCAGUCUCACACUGCAAAUACACAACCAGGACAUUAACACUAACACUUACACCUGUGUGUCUGCAAACCCUGUCAGCAAUAAAACAACUUCUCUCAGCAUCACACAGCUCUGUGAUCAUCACCCAGUUGAAGCUGAACGUUCCUACACACUGCUUCCUGUCCUGAUAUCUGCUGGAGUUUUCCUCUUAUUGAUAAUAUCCAUACCUGUGUGUGUUCAGCUACAGAGAGGAAACAACAAGUUUCUACACAAACUUGAGGAACUGACUUACACUGAGGUGAUGUUUACAGCUCACAGAGCAGAGAGAGUUAAAAAGGAAGAAAACUCCAGAAUAACGGACAAUCAGGAACAAAAAACCUCCGUGCUGUAUUCAGCUGUGAAGAGGCUCAGAUCUGGAGACGAGACGGUCACACUGCAGGAAGUGAAAGGAACCACUAUAACUCUCCAUACUGGGAUAACUGGGAUUCAGAGUGAUGCUCAGAUUCUGUGGUUUUAUGGACCUGAGAAAGCAGAGGAGAAGACAUUAAUUAGUCAGGUGUUUAAAGGAGAAACUGUUACAGAAAUCAGUUUACUGUGUGCAGCUGGAGACGAGACGGUCACACUGCAGGAAGUGGGAGGAACCACUAUAACUCUCCAUACUGGGAUAACUGGGAUUCAGAGUGAUGCUCAGAUUCAGUGUUUCUAUGGACCCGAGAAAGCAGAGGAGAAGAUAUUGAUUAUUCAGGUGUUUAAAGAAGAAACUGUUACAGAAAUCAGUGAGAGAUUUAAAGAGCGACUGCAGCUGGACAGAAUCAGUGGAGCUUUAACCAUCAGGAACAUCAGCAGGAAUCAUUCUGGAGUUUAUUUAUUACAAGUCAUCAAUAGAGGUCUCUCAUCUCGGACUUUCAGUGUUAGUUACUACACUGCAUUGCUGUACAUUGUAUAUUGUUUACUGUGUGCAGCUGGAGACGAGACGGUCACACUGCAGGAAGUGGAAGGAACCACUAUAACUCUCCAUACUGGGAUAACUGGGAUUCAGAGUGAUGCUCAGAUUCUGUGGUCCUAUGGACCUGAGAAAGCAGAGGAGAAGAUAUUAAACAGUCAGGUGUUUAAAGGAGAAACUGUUACAGAAAUCAGUGAGAGAUUUAAAGAGCGACUGCAGUUGGACAGAAUCAGUGGAGCUUUAACCAUCAGGAACAUCAGCAGGAAUCAUUCUGGAGUUUAUUUAUUACAAGUCAUUGCAGGACGUCUCUCAUCUAGGACUUUUAGUGUCAGUGUUUAUGCUCCAGCAUCAACUCCAGUAAUAAGAAAUCAAAGAGAAAGACAAAGUGUUUCCCCCACAGAGGUGUGUUUCCCCCUGUGCACUGUGGAGAAUGGAGAAGAUGUGACGUUAUCCUGGUACAGAGGGACUGAGAGACUCGAUAUCACCAAUAACACAGAUCUCAGUGUUAACCUCAGUCUCACACUGCAAAUACACAACCAGGACAUUAACACUAACACUUACACCUGUGUGUCUGCAAACCCUGUCAGCAAUAAAACAACUUCUCUCAGCAUCACACAGCUCUGUGAUCAUCACCCAGGUACGGCAGAGAGAGUUGUGGUUUGGUAUUUAUCUGGACGUUCCUACACACUGCUUCCUGUCCUGAUAUCUGCUGGAGUUUUCCUCUUAUUUAUAAUAUCCAUACCUGUGUGUGUUCAGCUACAGAGAGGAAACAACAAGUUUCUACACAAACUUGAGGAACUGACUUACACUGAGGUGAUAUUUACAGCUCACAGAGCAGAGAGAGUUAAAAAGGAAGAAAACUCCAGAAUAACGGACAAUCAGGAACAGAAAACCUCCGUGCUGUAUUCAGCUGUGAAGAGGCUCGGAUAAUCCAAAAC